AUGGACUGCAUCAGUAGUAAUGGGACUCUGCGCUGUGCUGACCCCUGUGAGUACUACACCGUACUGGAUGAUGACUGGCGUUCAACGAAUAACACAUCGAAUCAGAUCAUACACUGUGACUAUUUAAUUGACUGGCAAGGCUGGUAUCGCCUCCUUCUGGAGCAAACCAGUGCUCAUAUUCCUGAGAGGUGUGUAGGAGGAAACAAGUGUGGAACACAUGCUACCAUGUGGAUAACAGAGCCUCAUCCCACACAAUCAGAUGAAAUUGUAAAACGCACUGUGUGUAAUGCCUGGAACAACAACUGCUGCUCUUUUAGCUCACACGUCAUCCAUGUCAAGCUCUGCUAUGGAGACUACUAUGUCUACAAACUUGUGAAGCCAUCUAUAUGCAGCGCUGCAUACUGUGCAGAGGUGAACAGAACAGGCCCUGCAGUUUUACCAACUUCACCUGAUACGACACCAGCGUACUUCACCACCACUCAGGCUCCAACUAACAUCACGAGCACAACAACAGCAGGCAACAGCACAACAGUUGAGGGGAAGGUCCGCCUGGCCAAUGGAAACGGCUCCUGCUCUGGCAGAGUAGAGAUCUUCCACCGUGGACAGUGGGGGACGGUGUGUGACGACGCCUGGGACCUGGUUGAUGCUCAGGUGGUGUGCACACAGCUGGGCUGUGGCAGGGUCCUGUCAGCACCACAAAAUGCACGCUUUGGACAGGGCACAGGGCCUAUCUGGUUGGACGAUGUCACAUGCAAAGGCGACGAAUCAAAGCUCAGCGAGUGCAGCCACAGAGGGUUUGGAUCUCACAACUGUCAUCACAGUGAGGAUGCUGGUGUCGUCUGUGAAGCUGGUUCACCAGUGAGGCUGGUCAACUCUGACAACCGCUGCUCUGGCAGAGUGAAGGUUUACCAUGACGGACAGUGGGGGACAGUGUGUGACGACGGCUGGGACCUGAUGGACGCCAACGUGGUGUGUAGACAGCUGGGCUGUGGCACUGCUCGUUCAGCACUAUCAAAUGCAGCUUUUGGACAGGGCAGCGGACCCAUCUGGUUGGACGAUGUCAGUUGUUUUGGAAAUGAAUCAUCGAUAACAGACUGCAGACAUCCAGCUUUUGGGGUCCAUAACUGUGUUCACUCUGAAGAUGCCAGUGUCAUCUGUGAAUUUCAGCACCCUCAACCCCAGCCUUCUCAGCUCAUUUGUGGUCGUGAUAAACUCCAGGUGGGGCUGGAACUGGCUUCCUUCACAUCCUCUGGUUUGAGCCCCUUCUCUGGGAACAUGGCCACCCGCAACUGCUCCUGGGUCAGAGUGAGCGAUGGCGUAGUGUGGUUCGAAGUGGAGGCCGCGGCCGGUGCCUGUGGAAACACAUUGAGGACCAACGGCACACAUGCCAUCUACUCCAAUAGUUUAUUUAUCUACCCAAUAAACAACGCGUCCUUCGCCCUUCCUGUGAGUCUUCCCUUCUCCUGCGCCUAUCCCCUGGACACAGACACCAGCCUGAAUGUGGCUAUCAGACCAUUCCUGGCGCUGGAUGGUGGCAUUUCAAGCUCUGGUGCCAAAGCCAGCGCCUCCAUGUUUCUGUUCCGCAACUCCAACUACACAGAGCCUUAUUCAGGGGGCCUGGUCACCCUGCCAGUGGGCUCGCCGCUGUACGUGGGCGUCUCUGUGGAGGAGAGAGAUCCCAGCUUUGCAGUAGUUCUGGAGGACUGCUACGCCACGCACUCGUCAAACCCUGACGGUUCCACACAGUAUCCUCUCAUUCAGAACAAGUGUCCCACUGACCGCCGACAGGUGUCAGUGGUGGAGAGCGGCUUGUCCCUCCGGGCUCGCUUCACUGCCCUGUUCUUCCUGCUCCAGAAUGAAUACAGAGAUGUUUACCUUCACUGCAGCCUCAGCCUGUGUGAUCGGAGGAGCUCCUCUUGUGUUCCGCCUUGCACAAGAAGGAACUAUCGCUCUGUUUCCAACUCUGAUCCUCUGAGAACCCUCACCAUUGGACCAAUCAUUUGGGACAAGUCACCUGAGUGAGCUGUUAACAUAUAAUACAAACAUAUUCCUUAUUGUGAUCUUUUUUAUCCAUAAGACACAAGAUCAUAAAAACGGGUGAUACUGUAUUGUAUAAUGAAUCUUAUUUGUAUCAUUCCUCAAUUGUAUUACCUUUGUAAUUGUUGUGUGAUUAAAUAAACAAAAAGAAACUAUAGGGGUUAUAAAGAAAUUGACAGUACCAAUAUUUUUGUCUUCUUCUCUUUGUGUAGUACCAGUA